UGUCAACAAAACACAGAAACAACGUGUCCGUUUCGACGUAGUAUUACAAUUUUUAACAACAAUAUACACUUUACUGACACGAUUGGUGACUGGAAUAGUAUUUAGUUUACUUAAUUGUACAACCCCCCUCUUUAGAGCCAACAUGGUAGCGGCGUAUGGUCUUCUUCCUGUCAACGCCGCACGCGUGUGGGUCAACGCCACAUUGUAGUCCUCGCUUUUUAUUAUUAUAAUGGAAUUAAGUCAGCAAGUACCGCGCAAAAGUUUUAUAUGUUCAUUCUCUGACUGCCAUGCAUCGUACAACAAAGCAUGGAAACUAGAUGCUCAUAUUUGCAAGCACACAGGGCUGAAACCAUUUGUGUGUGAACAUGACGGCUGUGACAAGUCAUUCUGCGACAAGUACCACCUUGCUCGGCACCAGUUGAGCCACAGUGGAGAGAGACCCUUUAGAUGUACAGUAGAUGGAUGCACAGAGGCCUUCACCACAAAUUACAAUUUGAAGAAACAUGUUAAUCGCAAACACAACCAUGAUGAGGAGAAACUGUAUGAAUAUGUGUGUAGCUUUGAGGGAUGUGGGAAAGUGUUCAGGAAGAACAAUCAGCUCAAGUCACAUGAGUGCCAGCAGCACACCAAACUACCUCCCUUUCAGCUUUAUAGCUGUACCUUUGAGGGCUGCGAGAAACAAUUCACUUUCCCCAACAAACUACGGCUUCACGAGAAGGUGCACAGAGGCUACCCCUGUGAAAAAGAUGGCUGUUCUUUCAUCGGAAAGACCUGGACUGAGUAUACUAACCAUAGGAGAGACGUACACAGAGCACUUUUUCAGUGUAAUGAGUGCAACAAGGUGUUUCGUGACACCUGGUUCCUGAAGCAGCACCAGCGUGUCCACGCAGAGGAGCGCCAGGUGUUUAUCUGUCCCAGGGAGGGGUGCCAGAGGUCCUUCACUACGCCAUUCAACCUGCAAAGCCACAUCGGCUCUUUCCAUGAGGAGCUACGGCCUUACACCUGCCCCCAUGAAGACUGUGGAAAGACCUUUGCCAUGAAGCAAAGCUUACAACGCCACAGUGUUGUCCACGAUCCAGAAAGGAAGAAACAGAAGAAACCCCGACCCAAGCGAUCCCUGGUUUCCAGACUGAGUGGUUACAAGGCCAAGAAUAACAGUCGUCCAAAACCUCAUGCAGCUUUGCAAUCAGAAUCCAUUGCAAGGGGUCAGUCAGAGCAAACGAACACUGUUGGAUCAGAGCCUAUUAGCCUGGUAUCCCUUCUUCAGGACACAGUCUUUUGCAACUCUGGUUAAGAAAUCAAACUGUGACCAUCUGACCGGAUUUUGCCAUAUGGCAGUAUUACUUUCAGUGCCAAUUAGCGUAAAUUUACUCCAGACAACCCCCCCCUCUCAUAAAAAACAUGAUAUUGCCUUCGCUAGUUUAGUUCACUGUGCGUAGAUCUUUAAUUUGUACUUGAGCUCAUAAGUUUACACGCACAACUGUUCAGUUUGAUUGUAUUAAGUUAAGUGCUGUAGGUGACGUGUUGGGCAUGGUGGGCUGUGAGCUGGUAUCAGGAUGGUGCUGCGGCAACUGUUCAUUUCUUUGACUUCCUUCGCAGAUGGACACAGGAUGAACAUGGCAGCUCUUCCAUAUUGGAUGAAAAAAAACAUAAAAUUAUGGAAUGCGUUUGGGUCUUUGCGUGUCAAAAAAGAUACAUUUCAAAUAACACUUUGACGCAUUAAAUAAGAUUUUAAUUUGACACGUCAAUUAACUAAAUUCUAUUAUUUGCACGUGCAAGCCAAGCGCCACCACUACUAUCAGUAGCACUGUCAAAGUUGUACAAAAAGAGUCUGCAACCAAGCACACGCAGGCCACGAACGAUGCGUUUACAAGUACCGCGUUGGUAAUAAGGCAUUAUUUGUUCGACCGCUACUUCUGGGAUAGCUAGCUAGCACCAAUACAACCAGCCUGAAAACAAUGACCAGUAGAAACUGCAGUCAUUUUAAAUUAUUCUUAACAAUGAUUUAGGAAUCCUUGUAAGUUUAAGCUUCGGUAUCCAAUUGUUCGCCUAUUGGAACUGAACUUAAGUUCAUGAAAAUAAAUAGCUAGCCAACUACUUAAUUAACCCUGUUGCCCAAAGCUAACGUUAUAAGCAGCCAGCUAGCUUAAUCUGGCCAGUAAAGCUCAACCGGACCGGGUUAUGUGUUGUGAAGCUAGCCACAAUAGGAUUAGGCACAAUAAUGGAAUAUGCUGUUUGCCUUCAAAAUAAAAGUACCUCUGAAAGUGAUGCAGAAGGUUACAAUUGGUGGAAUCAUAUCUAGUCUAAUAUUUAGACUAGAUCAUGUUAAACAAGGUUGUAAUGUGAAGCAAUGAAAUGGGAUAUCAGUCUACUUGGUGACACCCACAACACAACUGUGAAGAGUUUACGCAAAUAUUAGCGUUGUAGCUCUUACCGUGUGACUGAAAUCACCUCCCCGGUCAGCCUAUUGUGUGUAUUGAAAUUCAUAUUGCUCUGUAGAGCUUUACCUAAGGAUUGGGGAUCAAUGAAAUUGGGGAUCUGUUUACUCAAUACCCAAUAUUUUUUUCCCCCAACGUUUCCCAAUCAGACUCCAAAACAUCCAUGCAGUAUUGUUUUUCCUAGGGAAUAAUGUUCAAUACACCAUAGGAGGUUGACAAUAAAUGUGGCUCAAUUCAGUUGUCUCGCAAUAAGAGCUACAAUGCUAAUGUUCUCUGGGUGUCACGGAGUAGACUGAUACCCCAUGCCAUUGAUCCACAGUGAAAUAAGUAUAACCCCAAUGCAAGUCUAAUACAUCCAGUGUGAUUUCAAAAGAUUUGUCAAAUUAUUGUAUUUUGUUGAUUUUAUAUAACAUUCCAACCUCGUGCAUAAUGAUCUAUUCAAUUAUGGCAUAAUUAUACAAGUUGUAUUCAUUUGCGUCACUGUCAAUAACAUACUUUAAUUUUGAAGGCUAACCGCAAAGUCCACUAUUGUGGCUAAUCCUUAUUGUGGCUAGCUUCACAGGUGGGUCUCGACGACCAUUAAUCAAUAAGAACGGUUUUAUAAAUUAGGGUUAUUUUCGAUGACACCUAGCUAUAGAUACUGAAACAGAUGUCGUUUUGCUAUGUUUUUGGGGAAGAACAUUGUUUGCGUCAUCAGCUAGCUAGCUUUUUUUUUAUGACCAGCACUGUAGGUGCGCGAGACAACUUUACCAGCAUCAGAGCAUACGUAUUGAUGAACCGUUGUGACAUAUCAAACACAAUUGAGAGUGUAAUGGAUGUGUAAUAACUACAUACAAAAUUAAUGAACGUGUUAAAUUGUGUGACGUGCAGUCAUAUUCAGGUCCUGAUUGGUCAACAAGCUUAUUUGACAUGUUAAAUAGUGUUAUUUUACGUAUCUUUUUUGACACGCGAAGACCCAAACCGCGUUCCAUAUAGAAAUACAACAUUAACAUUUGGCUUAUUCCGCAUUUGCACAUCUCAGGAAAAUCAACAUGGAGUCCUUGUACAGACAAUAGGGCACACUCCUUUUUCUGUCCACAAGAAUACAUUUGUAUUUAUUUAUGCAUGUCUGAGCCUAGUUUGUUGCUAACGAGUCUCUGUUCUGCCAAAGGAAAGUUGUUGUACAUAUACAGAAUUGAAUGUGUAUUUUUGCAAUAAAAAGAGACUUAAAACCAA